AUGCAGACCCAUUCAGAAGCAAACACUUUAUAUAUUCCUUUACAUCGAAGACAAUCAUAUCGAUUUCUUGGUAUAAUUAUCAUUCUGUUAUUGAUUUCGCUUAUCGCAAUAAUCGCUCUAUCCAGCAUCGAAAUAAAUAAAAUAAUAAAAGAUCAACAUACAGGAACAGCAAUUGAAAAUACUAGCGAUUUGUGUUUAACUCCGUAUUGUAUCAAAGCAGCAAAUUAUCUGCUCGAAAGUAUUGAUGAAACAAUCAAUCCAUGUGAAAACUUCUAUGAGUUUGCUUGUGGAAAAUACAUUAAAAAUGCCAUAAUAUCAUCGGAAAGUAGUGAACAGAGUAUUAUGUCACAAAUAUCAAAAAAAUUAAGAUAUACAGUUGCCGAUUUGUUAUCAUCAAAUAGAACAAAGAAGUCCAAAGCAAUUACUAAUGCUCGUCGUUUAUAUAGCUCUUGUAUAGACGAAGGUACUAUCGAAACGGAAGGUGUUGAUGUAAUAAUGUCAAUGAUUAAUAAAGAGCUUGGAGGAUGGCCUGUCUUGCAAGGCUCAGCCUGGAAUGAAUCAACAUUUGAUUUUGAUCGAUUGAUGCUCAAAUUAAGUCAAUACAAUAGCUACAUAUUUUAUACUGUAAGCACAGAUGUUGAUGAGAAGAAUUCAUCGAUUCGAAGUAUUCAUAUUAGACCGUCUAAACUGGCUAAAGACAAUUUUAUUCACUAUUUCAAGGGAAUAAAAGCAAUAGAGGCUUACCAGCAAUUCUUUGUAAAUUUUACUCAAUCAUUGACCAAUGAUUCUUCGACAAUCUCUAGUGAUCUUACUGCUUUAUUAGAAUUCGAGAGAGAACUUUACAAAUACUUUACGAUGCAAAACCAACUAGAUUCUCGCGAAACUGUUCGCACAACACUCGGUAAUCUUUCACAUACAAUCAAUGUUAGCUUUGAUUCUUCUAACUAUAUUCGUCGCUUGUAUCUAUUGGCUAACGUCUCUGUGAUCGAUGCCGACAUUGUAAUUGUACGUGCACCCAAACUUCUGCAUGGUAUUUCGUCAAUUAUUGAUCGGCAAACAGUACGUACCAUACAAAACUAUAUGAUAUGGCGCUUCAUGAUGGAUCGAGCUUGGUAUAUGCCAAAACGAUUUCGAAAUAUUGUACAACAAUUUACUCAGGUGUUUCAUGGCACAAGUACUGAAGAGUCACGUGCAACUACAUGUGCCAAUUAUGUCAAUAUAGUGAUGAGCUUAACGGUUUCAAAACUUUAUAUUGAAGAAUAUUUCCAUAAGGAUACUCGGAAAGAAACAAUUGAAAUGGUCAACAAUAUUCGAAAUAUUUUCAUCACGAUGGUUAAUCAAUCGACAUGGAUGGAUUCGAAAUCGAAAAUCAUAGCGAUUAAAAAAGCUCGAGCUAUUAAAGCAAAACUUGGUUAUCCUGGUUAUUUAGAGAGUGAUAAUAUGACAAAACUUGAUAAGGACUAUGCUGAGUAUAAUUUCAAUUUAUGUUAUAUGCCGAAUGUUUUGAGUGCCAUUCAACUACAUUCAAAAGCUAGUCUUCAAAUGCUUCGCUAUCCUAUCGAUAGUAAACAAUGGACUGGUAUCUCGCCCACAAAAAUCAAUGCCAUACAUAGAUUAUUAGCAAACGAGAUUUUGUUUCCAGCUGUUAUACUUCAAACACCUUUGUUCGACAGAGAUGCACCUAAAUAUCUUAACUAUGGUGGUAUUGGCUUUAUUAUGGGACAUGAGAUUGCACAUGGAUUUGGCGAUGAAGGGAAAGAAUAUGAUCUGAAUGGAAAUGAAGUUUUAUGGUGGACUAAUGCGACUGUCAAUACAUUUGACAUACGCAAAAAAUGUAUCAACGAACAAUACGACAACUAUACUUUGACUCAAAUCAAUCAUUCAAUAAACGGACGAAAAACACAAAAUGAAAAUAUCGCCGACGAUGCAGGACUCAAACAGGCGUUCUUCGCGUAUCAGCAAUGGGCUAAGACCCAUAAAAAUGUUGACAAGAAACUUCCCGGUUUAACUAAAUAUUCAGCGGAACAAAUGUUCUUUCUCAAUUUUGGUCAUAUAUGGUGUACAAAAAUUACAGACGAAUCUCUGCACUCUAAUCUAGUACUGGCUCAACAUUCCCCUGCACAAUUCAGAGCACGUGGUCCUACUUCGAAUUUCGUUGAAUUCGAUCGAGUAUUCGGCUGCAAAGCAAGUCAAGGCAAUAGUCGAGUGAACAAGUGCAACGUAUGGUAG